UAUUGAAGUGGAAGAGAACAACAAGCAACAAGAAGCAACAAGUACUACUAGCACUACUAUAGAACAAGUAGAACGAUGUUAACCAAGUUUGAGAGCAAGUCUGCUCGUGUGAAAGGCUUGGCGUUUCAUCCAGUGCGUCCUUGGGUGUGUGCCUCCUUGCACAAUGGAGUCAUUCAGUUAUGGGACUACCGCGUGGGGACUGUGAUUGAUCGGUUUGAAGAACACGACGGUCCCGUGCGCGGCGUGGAUUUUCAUUUGCACGAGCCCAUGAUUGUGAGUGGCGGAGAUGACUACAAGAUCAAAGUGUGGGAUUACAAGCUCCGUCGAUGUCUCUUUACGCUACUCGGCCAUUUGGACUACAUUCGUACGGUGCAAUUCCAUCCCAAUGCCACCCAAUUCCCUUGGAUUCUCAGUGCCAGUGACGAUCAGACGUUGCGACUGUGGGAUUUUCAAAAGCGCACUUGCUUGAGUGUACUGACGGGACACAAUCAUUACGUCAUGUGUGCGGCGUUUCAUCCAUCCGAUGAUCUCAUUGUCAGUGCUUCGUUGGAUCAGACGGUCCGAGUUUGGGACACGACCGGAUUGCGCAAGAAACAACUCCAACAAGAUGCCGGUCCUCCCAUGAGUCAAGCCGAAGGAUUGGCGUCCAACACUGCCCUCAAUGUCCAAGCCGAACUAUUUGGCAGUAACGAUGUCGUUGUCAAGUACGUCUUGGAAGGACACGAUCGUGGAGUCAAUUGGGCCGCCUUUCAUCCCACUCUUCCCUUGUUGGCAUCAGCCGCUGAUGACCGUCAAGUCAAAUUGUGGCGCAUGAGUGAAACCAAAGCCUGGGAAGUCGAUACACUCCGGGGGCAUGCCAACAAUGUCUCGUGUUGUCUCUUUCAUCCCAAACACGAUCUCGUCGUGUCGAAUAGUGAAGAUCGAUCCAUUCGAGUCUGGGAUGUCAGCAAACGCAUUGGCGUCCAAACCUUUCGCCGCGAAGGCGAUCGAUUCUGGAUUUUGGCCGCCCAUCGAUCCCAAAAUUUGUUGGCGGCCGGUCACGAUUCGGGUAUGAUUGUCUUCAAACUCGAACGAGAACGUCCUGCCAGUGCCCACGGUCCCAACAACAAACUUUACUAUGUCCGUGGCCGCGAGCUCUUUUGUCACGACGCCAGCCGUGCUGGAAACACUGGAACGGCCGGAAUUGAUGUCCCCAUUGCGUCCUUGCGCCGUGUUGGACAACAAGCCCAAACCGAUGGUAUUGGAUCGGCACCUCGCUUUUUGGCGUACAAUCAUCACAAUCCCAGUGAAGGCAAUGUCUUGGUCACGUCCGAUGUCGAUGGUGGUUCCUACGAAUUGAUUACCUUUAGUCUCACCAAUUCUUCCGGCAGUGUCACCGAUGGCAAGCGCGGAGCUUGUUUGGGACCCGGUGUCUUUUUGGGUCGCAAUCGAUUUGCCGUCCUGGACAGGCAUCAACGACAGGUUACCAUCAAGAACUUGCAGAAUGAAACCACCAAACGCGUGCAACCACCCGUCCCCAAUGUCGAUGCCAUUUACGACGGUGGAGCAUCCGGUCGUCUCAUUUUGAGAACCGAAGAUCGCGCCGUACUCUUUGAAGUCCAGUCGCGACGCGUCUUGGGAGAAAUCACCGCUCCCAAAAUGAAACACGUUCAUUGGAGUCCCGAUGGAAGCAAGGUCGCCAUUGUCUGCAAAUACGGCAUUGUCAUGGCCGAUCGACAAUUGGAACAACUCUGCAGCAUCAGCGACAAUGUCCGCAUCAAGAGUGGUGCCUGGGAUGUCUCGCCCACGGGAGGAACCAAGUCCAAUCUAUUCCUCUACACGACAAUGAAUCAUGUCAAGUACUGUCUGCCAUCGGGAGAUACUGGUACCAUUCGCACGUUGGAUCAACCCCUCUAUGCCAUGCGGGCCAUGAAGGAUCAGUUGUUCUGUCUCGACCGGGAAUCGCGUGCUCGAGUCAUUAGCAUUGAUACCACCGAAGCUCGAUUCAAGUUGGCAUUGGCUCAUAAAAAGUACGGACAAGUCAUGCACAUGGUCCGUCACAGUCGUCUUUGUGGACGUGCCAUUGUCGCCUACUUGCAAUCCAAGGGAUUCCCCGAAGUGGCCUUGCACUUUGUCAAGGAACCUCGCACUCGAUUCCGUCUUGCGUUGGCAUGUGGUAACAUUGAAGCCGCCAUGGAAUCCGCAUUUGCGUUGGAGCAACUCGAACAGGCUGGCAAUCUCAAUCCCGACGGAACACCCUCCAAGGAUACCGGCGGUCGUCGUGAGAUUUGGGGAAUUCUCGGUAGCGAAGCGUUGCGUCAAGGAAACCAUCAAGUCGUGGAAAUGUCCUACCAACGCACCAAAGACUUUGAUCGACUCUCCUUUUUGUAUCUCAUUACCGGUGACACGGACAAGCUGCGCAAAAUGCUCAAGAUCUCCAACAUGCGUGGAGAUAUCAUGGGCCGCUACCACAAUGCCCUCUUGUUGGGCGAUGCCGCCGAACGAGUGCAAGUGUUGGAGGAGAGCGGAAACUUGCCAUUGGCGUACAUUAGUGCCGUCUCGCACGGAUUGACCGAUGCGGCCGAACGAAUCAAGAUUGCCAUUGAAACCCAAAAAGGAACGGUGGAAGGUCUAAUGGAGAAAGCGCAAAAGGACAAGGCUACGAAUCCUCUGUCCGCCGGAUGUCUUUUGCAGCCGCCCACCCCGAUUUUACGCGGUGACAAUUGGCCAACACUGGAAGUUCAAAAGACGACACUCGAGGAUUUGAGUGCUGCCCAAGGUGGAGAAACAGAAGAAGCCGAGUACGAGGAUGCUGCGGAGCAAGCUCCUGCAGCUGCAAGCGGAGACUGGGAUAUGGACGACGGAUUUGACGAUGCUCCGGCUGGUCAACCUUCGACCUCCUUGGUUGCCGCUGCCGAUGACGAUCUCGACUUUGGUGAUGGCGACGAUGGAGAUUGGGGCGAUGACUUGGAUGACCUUGGUGAUUUGGGCGAUGCCAGUGCCAGAGUGGCAGACGAUAUGGACUUGAAUGUCGUGGAAGACACGGCAGGAUUCCAAAUGCCCAAAGCAGGCCGUCCUGCCCCCGCUGUGUGGUGCAACAGCUCCCAUGCUGCCGAUCACAGUGCAGCUGGACAGGCUGCGUCUUCUCUGCAGUUGUUGAACCGACAAAUCGCUGCUAGCGACUUCUCGACGCUGCAAGAAUCCCUGAUGGGAUGCUACUUGGGCGCCAACAUUUCUGUGCCUGGUGUUCCAGGAAGUGGCAGCAUGAUGAUGCCACUGGCUCGAAAUGACGCCCAAGGCCCCCCAGGAGACAACAGCCUGCCUCGUAUCUUCUUGCAGAAAACUGCUCUUGUCAAUGGUAUCCGAAACGGCUACCGUGCCUUCCAGGGUGGCAAAUUCCAAGACAGUCGAGCCGCCUUCGUGGGUGUGUUGGCACAGAUUCCGGUGGUCGUUGCGACCAAGGCCGAAGCCAAUGAGAUUAAGGAGAUGCUUGCAGUCUCCCGCGAGUACAUCACCGCCAUCCGCAUCAAGGGCGCAAUGGGACAGGCUGCAGCCGACGCCGUCCGCCUCACCGAGUUGUCUGCGUACUUUACCCACUGCAAUCUGCAACCUGUGCACUUGAUUUUGGCGCUUCGUUCUGCCAUGGGUACCGCCUUCAAGCACAAGAAUUUCAUUGUGGCUGCAGGUUUUGCCAGACGCCUGUUGGAACUUCCAGACAUGAGCAGUGAGCGCAACGCUGAUUUGAGGAGCAAGGCCUCCAAGGUCUUGCAGAAGAGUGAGCAGAUGGCCCGCAACGAGCACACGCUCAACUACGAUGACUCGAAGCAGUUCAAGAUCGACUGCCAGACUUUCAACCCCAUUUAUGCGGGCGAGCCGUCCAUCGAAUGCUCUUACUGUUUAUCGGUCUACAAGGAUGAGGCCAUGAAGAACAAGAUUUGCUGCACUUGCGGAAUCUCACUUGUCGGAGUCAAGACCAUGGGUCUUGUGUCAGCUUUCCAAGGACGUGGCAUCUAAUCACUGCAUGUCGGAAGUUUAAGAAUAGAAGAGCUUGGGACAGGACAAGAGCAUAAACAUAUAGCUGAUUAACAAAAUGGAAAGAUUUUUGUUGUGGCCGAUAACCAUUCUUGCUUGCUUGGCAUGGUAUUGGUGGACUUGGAAAGUUGGGAGAAUAUUUGGCCAUGCCGUGUGGACGAAUAUAGCAUUUGCGGAAGAAACUGCUUGCUUGCAUUUUCGUUUGUUGUCUCUCUAUUGGAUGAUGGGGCAAUCCACUGGUGGUUUGAUUGUAGCAAUCAGUAGCAUCUCCAAUUUAGAGAUUUGAGCCACUCUGGUAGAUGCUGCCUACCGGUAGCCAAUAUGCGGGGUCGGAAGGAAGCGGCUGAAUGGAUCUCCUCCUGCGUCACGCUCUCCAGCAGCCAAAAGAAUUCCUCCCAGCGGUACGGAACCACGGUGGAGACCUAUCGGCCAGAUAAUUCCCGCGCGCGCUGAGGAAUGUGCGACUGAGUUCUCCAAGCAAGUGUGACUGUUUAACUUCACAAAGAGCUGUGUUACUGCAUCAUCCUCAUGCAUCAAACCCUUCUUCCGUGUCCUCACUGGUGUUGACUAGAUUAUUGGAGCCCAUUUUCGAAAAGGCAGAGCAGAAGCAACAUUGUGUUUCAUUCCUUCAAUUGGCCAAUUGUGGGUGACUUUACUCUCCACUUGACCCCCAACACAAACUAAACUAAACUAAACCCAACUGAAACCCCAUCUUUGGACAAACUUUAGGGACGUCGGUACCAGUAGAGUCUGACAUCCCCAAAAUUUGUGCGGAGUGCACUGGCUGUUACAAAGACUACGUAGUAGCUAGUGUCCUGUUUUGGAUGAGGAAAGACGCGAUUGCAUGGGGAUUCCUCCGGUUGGUGCCACUGCUUGGCUGGUACAGAGAUUGGCUCUCUUUGCCUCCCCAAGGGUUAGGCAUUGAGUAGAGGAUCAAAGGGCCGGAGCCCGGUGAACACUUUGUGGAACCGACGAAAGAUUUACAAAUAUAUAUUUACACACCAACGGAAACUGACUAUCAUACUCAAUCGAAGGCAGAAAACGAAGGGGGUUGACCGUCACUCAGCCAGGAAGGAAUCGAGUGGCGACACAAGAGACAAGAGACAAGGCCUUCAAAUUCACCGCCACUCCAUCAAGUGGUUGCCACCAGGAGCGUUCCUCAGUCGUGCAAGUGUCUUAAAUCUGCC